AUGGCGGGCGGCGGACGCUCGGGGCUGCCGGUCGUCGCCGUCCUGUGCUUGGUCGCGCAGUUGGUGGGCCGCGGGGCGCAUGCGCUGUACUUCCACAUAGGGGAGACCGAGAAGCGCUGCUUCAUCGAGGAGAUCCCGGACGAGACGAUGGUCAUCGGUAACUACCGGACGCAGCUGUGGGACAAGCAGGCCGAGACUUUCCUGCCGUCUACGCCGGGGCUGGGCAUGUUCGUGGAGGUCAAGGACCCCGAUAAGAAGGUGGUUCUGUCCAGGCAAUAUGGCUCUGAGGGCCGCUUCACGUUCACGUCGCACACCCAUGGGGAGCAUCAGAUCUGCCUCCACUCCAACUCCACUCGCAUGGCGCUUUUUGCAGGGGGCAAAUUGCGAGUACACUUGGAUAUCCAAGUUGGGGAGCACACCAAUAACUACCCUGAGAUUGCAGCAAAGGACAAGCUGACGGAGCUGCAGUUAAGAGCGAGGCAGCUUCUGGAUCAGGUGGAACAGAUCCAGAAGGAGCAGAACUACCAAAGGUACCGAGAAGAAAGAUUCCGCAUGACCAGCGAAAGCACCAACCAGCGGGUUUUGUGGUGGUCCAUUGCCCAGACUAUCAUCCUCAUCAUCACUGGUGUUUGGCAGAUGAGACACCUCAAAAGCUUCUUUGAGGCCAAAAAACUGGUAUAAGCACUUACGGCAACACAAGCACUUUUAUUAAAAUGUCUCACUGUCCUCCAACUCCCACUGAACUCAUCU